AUGCCUCGUCGCACCGUUCAAGACAACAUAAGGCUCAAGCGCGAACGCGACCUCGCCCAGGCGUCCGCCUCCGCCUCCACCGCCCCCGGCGGCUCGCUUGAUCUAUUGGCGGACGAGCCUCCCAAACGCAAGCGAAGCCGGUUCCAUCAAUUCGACGCGGUCGUACCUGGCCCUCGGCAACCAGUAGCCUCGGCUUCAGCCCCACCGCUUCCGGCUGCGCGCGCAGCGGCGGCUUCGGAGAGGCUGAACCAGCUCCGAAAUGCCGCGGGUCCAUCUGGUCCAGCAGCCUCAGCACCGUCUGCAGGAGGCCGACAGGCCGAGGAGCAUGUAUCGGGACGCUAUGCACUGGCGAAUCGGAUGGCUGCCGCUCGAAGCGCUUGGGACCAGGCCGAGGCAUCCUCCUCUGCGAGCCAGCCAAGGCCGCACGUGCCGCCUCCUGCGGCUCGAGUCGCUCCGUCCGUUCAUGCGGGUCGGCCUCUUCCCGCCCCUCGGUCUCUUCCUGCUGCUUACCAUGAUGGAGCAAUGUAUUCGGCUCCUCCGGCUCGGUCACUCCCUACAGCCUACCCCGGUCCAUCCUCCUACUCGCAGGCUGUAGCUCGAUCAGCCCCGGUCGCGGCCCCCGCGCCCUCGGCUCAGCUGCCAGAACAUAUGCAAGCCCCGUCCAUCGCUCUUAACCUGGACCUUCCUCCCCUCCCCUACGGUGGGUAUGGACUGGAUGUCGCUCCGCCAGCUGCUGCGCGUGCGCCUCCAGCUCUGCCCGUCAUCAAGAGGGAGCGUAAACCUGCUGCCGAGCCGAAAGAAUACAGACCAGCUCGCGAGCGAAAGAAGGCACCAAAGACCACUCUCGAACGAAUGGAAAGAGUCAUGUCCCAGCGCAUGUUUAUGAUGACCCGCCGAAGGAUCCGAGAGGGACCGCAAGCAGCCGAGAAGUAUGCUGUUCUUGGCUCGACUGGGAAUGUGUACACGGUCAUCAUUGACGCCAAGCCCAGCUGCGACUGCCCGGACUGUAUGAAGGGCAAUUCGCCCUGCAAACACAUCGUCUUCGUCUUCUUGAAGGUCUUGAAGCUUCCCGUCUCAUCUACUAUCUGGUACCAGAAGGGCCUUACCCAGAACUCCGAGCUCGCAACUGUAUGGGAAACCGCCCCUGCGAAUCCCUCUGACGCGCACACCGCGUCCGCAGCGGUCAGGGCCGCAUAUCUCAAAGCGACGGGCCAAGGCGGAGCGCCCGAGAUGGCAGUGGAAGCUCCUCCGGCCGCGGCCGCCAAGCCAAAGAAGGAUGUCGUAGGGGAUGACUGUCCAGUCUGUUGCGAAGAAAUGACCGAUCAGGAUCUGAAGAGCUCCAAGUUGGUGUUUGAUGAGGCGGGAUGUGGGAAUGCUUUGCACAAGGAGUGUUUCCAGAUGUGGGCGAUAACAUCGCGUGGAAAAGGCGAGGAAGUCACUUGCGUCUACUGUCGUGCGCCCUGGGCCGAUGCGGGCGGCGGGAAAGGAAAGGGACGUGCUGCUGCGCACGGAGCACCGCAGUACAGCUCUCUCGGCUACUUGAAUAUGGCCGAUGCGGCCGGUCUGAGCAGACAAAGGGAUACAAGCUCUUAUUAUCAUGGACCUAUGGCAGGGCGGUCAAUGUGGGGCAAGAGGUACCAGGGUGAUUAG